ACACAUUAUUGCAUGCCAUGCAAUAACAACCUAACCUAACUCUGUCGUUAAUUGUUCAAUCACAUAAUGUUUUUGGAUAAGAGUAAUACUCAUCUAUACUUGUACUGCAAGAGUUGGAAAUAUAACUAGAAUUCAAUUAUGAAGUACAACAAUUUUUUGCUUGAAAAGAAAGCAUUAGAAUUCUACUUUUAAUUAUGAAGUCCACUUCACAUAUAUUGGUUCACCAACCUGCCUACUUUGUUGGUAUAUAAAAGGCAUUAGUCCAUUACCACAACUCUUCAUUCCAUAACCACCCAAUUGAGAAUACAUUUUUCUGUCUUUGAACACUUUCUUUUCAUACACGUAACAUAACCAUGUCUUCUGAGACGGUUGUCCUGAAAGUAAAGAUGUCAUGCACAGGCUGUUCAGGAGCGGUCAAUAGAGUUUUGGAAAAAAUGCAAGGUGUAGAAUCAUUUGAGAUUGAUAUGAAGGAACAAAAGGUGACUGUGAAAGGAAAUGUAAAGCCACAAGAUGUUUUUGAAACUGUUUCCAAAACUGGAAAGAAAACUGAAUUCUGGGUGGAGCCUGAAAACAAGUCUACAGAAACUGCAACUGAGGUUGAACAUGUUAUCAAACCUUCUGAUUCAGAAGCUGCAGUUAUUGCCUCUGUUGAGCUUGAUAAUAAGCCAAUAGAAGCUUCAACUGAGGCUGAAUCUGAAAAUAAGUCCACAGAAACUGCAACCAUUGGAGUUGUUGAGCCUAACAACAAGCUUUCUGAAACUGCCACUGUUGCUGCCUAAGAGAUUACUACUUGUGUUUAUUUCUCUUUGAAAUUAGUCUAUUUUAAAUUUCAAAAUGAUCUUUGGUCGAUGCUCAUAUGAUAUAUAGAUAUAUAUAUUCAGUGUGAUGUGUUUGUGGUAUCUAAGCUACAGAUACUUUCUUACAAUGCACUUAGGAUGAAUAUUUUAAUUGACUAUACUAAGCAGUGUGCUUUAUAUAUUAGAAUUUAAAUUGUCACUA